AUGGCUGCAGACGAAUCGUUGCAAGCUGAUUCUCGAGCACACGUGGUUGUCUGUCGUUGGCCGAGCCCCUGCCAGGCUGUUGAUACUGCGGUGAGGGUGCUGAAGGAAGGGGGCAUGGAUGCAAUCAAGCUAGAAGGAGGGGCGCCUUCUAGAAUUACAGCGGCGAGGGGGAUUGUAGAAGCUGGAAUUGCAGUCAUGGGGCAUGUGGGACUCACGCCGCAGGCGAUUAGCGUCCUUGGUGGGUUCCGGCCUCAGGGACGAAAUGUCGCCAGUGCCAUCAAGGUUGUGGAGACGGCGGUCGCUCUACAGGAGGCUGGAUGUUUCGCAGUUGUGCUAGAAUGCGUGCCUGCACCUGUAGCUGCUGCUGCAACCUCUGUCCUUCAGAUCCCCACCAUAGGCAUUGGAGCUGGCCCUUUCUGCAGCGGCCAGGUGCUGGUUUACCAUGAUCUGUUGGGCAUGUUGCAACAUCCUCAUCAUGCAAAGGUCACCCCAAAAUUCUGUAAGCAGUAUGGCCAUGUGGGUGAUGUGAUUAAUAAGGCUCUUUUAGAGUACAAAGAAGAGGUGGAGAGCAGGUCGUUUCCUAGUGCUGCUCACACACCAUACGGAAUCAGUGCAGCUGAUGUUGAUGGAUUCCUGAAUGAGCUACAGAAGAUGGGGCUGAGUAAAGCAGCUUUGGCAGCAGCAGAAGCGGCCGAGAAGGUUCAGUCAGCUAGGAAGCCAGAGUAGAUGCUCAAUCCAACUGAAUGUUGGUUUUUUCUAUAUUAGUCUGUUUUAAUUAAUUUAUUGCAAAGAUGAAUUCCAAUCUUUGUGCUCGUCUGCUAAUCGAGCGGCACAAAUUUUGUAAAAUAGUUUUUCGGCUUAUAUAACUAGAGAUAGCUAGGAAUUAGGAUGAAAA